AUGCAGACAGAGACAAUAAGCCUGAUGCAGGAUGCUUUUCUUAUGUCUCUGCGUAUCCAAGAGCUGCAGCGGCAGCACGAGGCCAUCACUACAGGCAAGACAGCGGGGCCAGCUGCUGCUUCAACCCCCCCACCUGCUGCUGCUGCUGCUGCUGCUGCUGCUGCUGCUGCUGGGGGUACAGCUCCGGUGAGCGGGGAAGAUACAGCUGCUGCUGCGGGUGCUGCUGCUGCAGCACCAACAGCCUUUGCUGCAGCAGCAAAACGACCCAUCAGCAGCAACUAUGCUGCACCCAUCAGCAGCACUUCUUCAUCUUCCUUAACAUCUGUGGGGCCCCGGGGCCCCGGCCUGCCUGCUGCUGCAGCAGCAUACGGGGGGCCCCCCAAGUCUCCGCUGCUUCCUGCAGCAGCAGCAGCAGCAGCAGCAACAGCAGCACACCACGACCCGCAGCAACCACAACCCCACCAACAAAAUAAAGCCCCUAUGCCUGCACAGCCACACAUGCCGCAGCCUAUGCAUGCGCAGCAGCAGCAACAUAUGCUGCAGCAGCAGCAGCACCAGCAGGUCCAGCAGCAGCAGUUCCUGCAGCAGCAGCAGCAAAUGCUGCAGCAGCAGCAACGUCAGAUGCUUCAGCAGCAGCAGCCAGCACCUUAUCUGCACAAGCAAGCCCAUCCUGCUGCCUCUCCUCAGCAGCAGCAGCAGCAGCAGCAACAGCAGCAGCAGCAGCAGCAGCAGCAGGCCGUCAUGCAGACACAGCCAAUGGGCCAAAUGCCUGUGGGGCCCGGCCCCAUGUAA